UCCAGGACCGCAUCACUGUAGAUGAUGUAAAGAUGGCGGAGCUACAAAUGCUUUUGGAAGAAGAAAUCCCAGCCGGUCAGAGAGCGUUACUGGAUAGUUUUACGAAUCUCGAAAGAGUUGCUGAUUACUGCGAAAGCAACUAUGUGCAGUCCCCAGAUAAGCACCGAGCCCUGGAGGAGACGAAGGACUAUACGUCCCAGUCCCUGGCCAGUAUAGCCUAUCUGAUCAACACCUUGGCUAAUAAUGUCCUCCAAAUGCUUGAUAUCCAGGCGUCGCAGCUCCAACACAUGGAGUCCUCCAUCGACCAUAUCUCUCAGACGGUGGACAUCCACAAGGAGAAGGUGGCAAGGAGAGAGAUUGGAAUCCUGAAUACCAAUAAGAACACAUCUCGCACCCACAAAAUCGUUGCUCCAGCCAAUCCGGAGAGGCCAGUACGCUACAUCCGUAAACCUAUAGAGUACAAUGUGCUGGAUGACAUCGGCCAUGGUGUCAAGGUCAACAGCCAGAAUAUGAAGAUGGGUGGAGGUCUCCCUCGAACCAACCCCCCGACCCAGAAACCGCCCAGCCCCCCCAUGCCAGGGAUGGGAACCAUUGGGCGCCACUCCCCCUAUCGGACGCUGGAGCCCGUUCGUCCUCCUGUGGUUCCUAACGACUAUGUCCCCAGCCCCACACGCAGCAUGGCCCAGCAGGAGAGUCCUGUACUCACCACUACAGUUAACCAGCGGACACGCACCUACAGCAGUGGAGGCAGUCACCCCAACAGCAGUGGAGGCAGUCACCCCAACAGCAGUGGAGGCAGUCACCCCAACAGCAGUGGAGGCAGUCACUCCAACAGCAGUGGAGGCAGUCAGCCCAACAGCAGUGGAGGCAGUCACCCCAACAGCAGUGGAGGCAGUCACCCCAACAGCAGUGGAGGCAGUCACCCCAACAGCAGUGGAGGCAGUCACCCCAACAGCAGUGGAGAGAACAGUGGGAGUGGCUCUGUAGGAGUACCCAUCGCUAUGCCAACAGCCUCUCCAACAGUCUCAGAUGCACCACCUCCUGCAGAGGAGGAGGAGUCGGCCGUGAUUGAGUACAGUGACCCCUACGCCGAGGAGGACCCUCCCUGGGCGCCACACACCUACCUGGAGAAAGUUGUCGCCAUCUACGACUACGCAGCAGACAAGGAGGACGAGCUGUCGUUCAACGAGGGCUGUAUCAUCUAUGUGAUCAAGAAGAACGACGAUGGCUGGUACGAGGGGACUAAGACUGGUACCUCCGGGCUCUUCCCUGGUAACUACAUAGGAUCCAUCAUCCAUAACGCAGACUGAGGCCACCUUCCCUCCAAGCCCCAACCCCAGAGACACACUCUGAUCCACAUCCUAGAAGACAACAGGGAGGAGAUAGCU